AUGAAUAAUUAUUUGUCCAAUUUCCUCUCAAAAUUAUCAAAAAAAGUCACCAUAAACGCCCAACAAGAAGAUGAAGCCAAUGAAGAAAAUGAAGCCAAUAAUAAAGAAGAUGAAGCCAAUGAAGAAGAAGACCAGCCAAAAAUUGAAAAUGUACAACAGGAAGCUGAAGAAGAUUUGGUGGACCCAAUAGACAUUUUGAGAGAGAAAUGUAAAGAAACAAACAAAAAGUGUAAGAAUUUAGUUGAAAAGCUGGAAAGUUGCACCAAAAGAGUGACUUCGAGAACCAAUACUACGGAAACUUGCGUCGAAGAAAUGGCAGAUUUGGUUCAUGCUGUCGAUAUGUGUGUGUCGAAAGAUUUAUUCAAGAAAUUGAAGUAA